CGACAGGCCCCGCCCCCGCCGUCCAUCUACCUGCCUUCCAGAGCCGCUGCGCUCCGGAUCGCUGGUCAUCGGGUGCCGGCGGAGAAAUGGACCAAUUUUGACAAAAUGUAGUGUUGCAGCUUGCUUGAUGGGACGUGUUCAGUCAUGGCAUCCGAACUUUGUAAGACCAUCUCUGUGGCAAGGCUUGAAAAGCACAAGAAUUUAUUUUUAAAUUACCGGAAUCUACACCAGUUCCCAUUGGAGUUAUUGAAGGAUGAAGGGAUGCAACACUUGGAGAGACUCUAUAUGAAAAGGAACUCCCUUACAACCUUGCCGGAAAACCUUGCUCAGAAGCUUCCAAACCUUGUGGAACUGUACCUUCACUCAAAUAAUAUAAUUGUGAUUCCAGAAGCUAUUGGGUCCCUGGUAAAACUCCAGUGUCUGGAUCUUAGUGACAAUGCCUUAGAAGUUGUUUGCCCAGAAAUUGGUCGUCUGAGAGCUUUACGUCAUCUUCGAUUAGCUAAUAACCAGCUAAAAUUCCUACCUCCAGAGGUUGGCGAUUUGAAGGAGCUGCAGACACUAGACAUUUCUACCAAUCGUUUGCUAACUUUACCCGAGAGGCUUCACCUGUGCCUUUCUCUGCAGUACCUCACUGUGGACCGCAACCAGCUGUGCUGUGUGCCGCGCCAUCUCUGCCAGCUGCCCAGCCUCAACGAGCUCUCCAUGGCUGGAAACCGUCUUGCGUUCUUGCCACUUGAUUUAGGCCGAUCUCGAGAACUGCAGUACGUGUAUGUGGAUAACAACAUCCACCUGAAGGGCCUGCCAUCUUAUCUGUACAACAAAGUUAUUGGGUGCAGUGGCUGUGGUAUACCCGUCCAAAUGUCUGAGGUGAAGCUGCUCUCCUUUUCAUCUGGGCAGCUGACCGUCUUCCUCCCAGCAGAGGUGAAGGCCAUAGGGACGGAGAGUGACCGCGUCCUGCCGCUGCAGGAGCUGGCCAUGCGGAGACUCUAUCACACCUACCACCGCUUUUUGAAAGAUUUGAACUUUUUGUCUCCAAUCUCAUUACCCAGAAGUCUCCUGGAGCUACUGCACUGCCCCCUGGGGCACUGUCACCGCUGUAGUGAGCCCAUGUUUACUUUCGUCUACCCCAAGCUCUUCCCCUUGAGAGAGACGCCGAUGGCAGGGCUGCACCAGGGGAGGACAACUGUUAGUUUUGUGGCUUACUGCUGCUCCACCCAGUGUCUGCAGACUUUUGACCUGCUGACUUGAUAAACACUCAAGAGCCUCAGGAAUACUGCCAGCUCGACACCGAAGCCGCCUGUGUGUCCCACACCAUGUGUGGCAGGGCCAGGCGGAACAGGCCCUUCCAUCCCGUCCUGUCCCGUCCCGUCCUGUCCUGUGCAGGGGCAUGCUGAACUUUCUGUAAAUGUGAUUGGGAUUCAGAGCUAAAUUGCCUUCACCCUCCUCCAAAGUUGGAAUAUAUCCUCCCUCAAAUGAA